UGCUUACUUUACAUGCAAAGUCUUUAAAGUGUAAAUCAUGUGAUGAUCAGAUGCAAGUUAAUAAAAUUCAAGCAUCUGCCGGAAAUGUCUACAGUAUUGGAUCGAUGUUUAGGCUGGAUUAAAUACUGCGGCUGAUGCGAUGCGGGAAGCAAUAUUAGUAAAAACUGACAGACAAUAACAAGGUCCCCCUCCUCUUCAUGUGAUCCCUCCUUGUUGGUGUGACAGAAGCAACAAAGGGACGAGGAGCAAACUCGCAUCAGGACCACAAGCGGGACAAGUCUAUCCAGACAGAGCACAAUAGCGGAGGGCGGGGUAUUGGGAGCUUGCAAACAACAGCGCGUCUGCGGGUUUUGCAAUAUGCAGCAGUAUUCGCGUAAUUACUGGCGUCUCUCGGCUACAGAAGUCGGGAGUAUUUUUCUUCUGAGCCGAUAAUUUGAAGACUUUUGCAAGUCCGGGCAAACAAAACAAAACAAAAAAGAAACAAACGUCAUAAUACUUUGAUGGGCAGAGGCGAAGGACGAGCGCUGCUCAAGUAAAUUGAAGAGAUCAGAGCCAAGAGGAGGUGUGAACUCAGUUCGGACGUCAAGACCUGAGCUGAACAUAGAGGCUAAUGCGUUAAAAGAGCCCUUUCCAUGGAUAUAGACACAGACUAUGAGCGGCCCAAUGUGGAAACCAUCAAAUGUGUGGUGGUGGGGGACAAUGCAGUAGGCAAGACCAGGCUAAUCUGUGCUCGGGCCUGCAAUGCCACGCUCACACAGUAUCAGCUGCUUGCCACCCACGUGCCAACUGUCUGGGCCAUUGACCAGUAUCGAGUAUGCCAGGAGGUGCUGGAGAGAUCUCGGGAUGUGGUGGAUGAGGUCAGCGUGUCCCUGAGGCUUUGGGACACAUUUGGGGAUCAUCACAAAGACAGACGAUUUGCCUAUGGCAGGUCUGAUGUAGUGGUACUCUGCUUCUCUCUGGCUAAUCCCAAUUCCCUGCGCCACGUUCGCACCAUGUGGUUUCCAGAGAUCAAGCACUUCUGUCCCCGAACACCCAUCAUCCUGGUCGGCUGCCAGCUGGAUCUGCGCUAUGCUGACCUAGAUGCAGUUAACCGUGCAAGACGGCCAUUAGCAAAGCCCAUCAAACCAACAGACAUCCUUCCUCCAGAGAGAGGCCACGAGGUGGCAAAAGAACUUGGGAUUCCUUACUAUGAGACGAGCAUUGUUGCCCAGUUUGGAGUCAAAGAUGUAUUUGACAAUGCCAUCCGUGCAGCCCUCAUUUCCCGUCGACACCUGCAGUUCUGGAAGUCCCACCUGAAAAAGGUCCAGAGACCCCUUCUUCAGGCACCUUUCCUGCCUCCUCGACCACCACGCCCCAUAGUGGGCAUCCCUGACCCACCGCCCACACAUGGCGAAGGCCCUGACUCCCUUUUCUGUCAGCCUCUUUGUGCGGAUGUUCUUUUCCUUUUGCAAGGCGGCUCCAAUCGUGUCUUUGCACACAAGGUCUACCUCGCUACAUCCUGCUCCAAGUUCUACGAUCUCUUUACCCUUGACCUCGGUGGGUUGAUUUUUGGGGUACUGGGAGAGGAACAGGAUAACAAGGAAAAUACAGAGAGUGGGGAAGAAGAUGAGCAGAGCAGGAGAGGAGCCAAAGAGCAAGCCGGGCGCACUAAGAGCCUGGACAUUGAUAAAGAUGGGGCAGAAGGAGGAGUGCGGGGCCUGAAUCGACCUCAGCUGCUUCAGCAGGGAUCUUUGAGGACUUCCCAGAGUGAUAAUGCCCUCCCCUCUCGAGCCCAGUACACACUGGGAGCAAUGGGAACGGGCAGAGCCCUUUCUGGAUGGGGAAGGGGGUUUCUUAGUGUGUGUCUGGAGCAUGUUGAUGAUCCCAUGACCAGACGGCCUCGUCUCAUGACUGUGGUUGCCAUGGAUGCACUUAUACAAGAGGAACCAUUUAAGGCAGUACUUCAGUACCUCUACACAGGCAGUCUAGACGAGAGCCAAGGUGAUCUGAUGCAGGUGGCCACCAUUGCAGAGCUGCUUGAGGUGUUCGACCUUCGGAUGAUGGUGGCCAAUGUUCUAAACAGAGAGAGUUUUAUGAACCAGGAGAUCACAAAGGCCUUCCACGUCCGCAGAGCCAAUCGCAUCAAAGAGUGCCUCAGUAAAGGGACCUUUGCUGAUGUGGUGUUCCGGCUGGAUGACGGCUGCCUCCCGGCCCACAAGCCCCUGCUCAUCUCGAGCUGUGACUGGAUGGCCGCCAUGUUCCGUGGUUCCUUCAAGGAGAGCUACAUCGAGGAGGUAUCGAUUCCUAACACCAGUACAGCAUGUAUGCGUGGAGUUCUUGAGUUCUUGUACUGUGGUCUCCUGACACCGUGUCCUGGAUUGGAGCCCAUGGAACUAAUAGUUCUGGCCAACCGUCUCUGUUUGCCACGACUUGUUGCUCUCACUGAGCAGCAUGCUGUGGACGAGUUAAUGCAACUGGCAGUGAAAGGAGUGGACAUCGAUGGACAGGUUUUAGCUUAUCUUGAACUUGCACAGUUUCACAAUGCCAAACAGCUCUCUGCUUGGUGUCUUCAUCACAUCUGCACCAAUUAUAAUGGCAUCUGCCGCAAGUUUCCCAAAGAUAUGAAGGCUAUGGGUCCAGAAAACCAGAGGCACUUUGAGAAGCAGCGUUGGCCUCCUGUGUGGUUCUUGAAGGAGGAAGAUCGCUAUCUGCGCUCUCAAAAGGAGCGCGAGCGCGAGGAAGAGAUCCUGCGCAAGCAGCACACCAAAAGGGGCUGGUGUUUUUGGAGACACCCGUCUUCUUCUCCACACGUCUCCUAAAGGGUUUCUCUCAUCUGGGUCUUGGAUCUUCCCCUCAGCGGAUGCUAACCUAUGAAUUAGCUUAUACAGAGAAGAAUGGCUGUGAUCCCUCUAUCUGUGGAGAAAUAACUCUGUACUAAUAUUCCUGAAUGUCUGCAUGCUCGGGAGGAGUGUAUGUGCUUCUUUGUGGGUGUGGGUCGCCACACUACUGUGUUUUGAUCUGUGGUGGGACUCAACCGGAAGGGUAUUUGCAUGGAUGCACAAAUGUAUGUGUGGAAUAUAGUGAUGCUUCCAAGUUGAGACACAGUGAUCUCUAAAAGGACUGUGGUGGUGUGGAGCAACCCCUCUUCCUGUCCGUAAAUGCUUUUUUCUCCCUCCACCAGCACUCAAUUGCCUCAGAGUGUUGGGACUGGAAGCAAGGGCUUUCUUUUCUCUCUGUUUCCUCAGUCUUCAGCCUUCACAGCAACCUUAAUGACUUUAUGAUACUGCAGCUCCUUUCUGCGGGUGGAGGAGUUUACCUCUGCCUUCACUUCUUAUACAGACUGUUAGCUUGCACAUGCAGAUACAUCCCCUCUGUUCACUCUUGUAAAACCAUCAGUAGAUGCAGGACCUAACUCUGACCAUUUACUUAUUGUUAUUCCUUAUUUUUUAAUCUCUUAAUUUGGGGCCCUUUAGGAUGCUAUUAUCGAAUGAAAACAGUGGGUAGAACUCAGAAGAAGUCAGUUAUUACCAUUGCAACCACAAAUAAAAUCUUAAAGCACAUAGGUUAGUUAGGAAAAUAAGCAGAGCUGUUCUAUUAUUUAGUCCGCAUGUGUCUCUUCUAUCUUCUAACCUUGCACACCAUCUUAAUGCACUCAACACUUUUUUUUUUUUCAAAUUGCUCAUGAAGACCCUCAUGGAGCCACACUAUAACACAAAUAUUCUUAUUUUUUUAAAGGGCUAGCCUUAAUAUCUCUGUCACAAUGGUGGAAUUGAAUACAGUUUUAAAUCACUUCAACCACUAAGUUGUAUUGAACCACUGGAGCAAACUUGCCUUUACACCCCUACACCACCAGGGGCCACACUGCUCAGGGUCCUACCACUUUCCUUAUUAUAGGGGUUUUAUUUUAUUUAUUAUCUGGAAAUAUUGGAAUUAGUACGUAGAGUACGUACACCAGUUCUUGCAGAUUUAAAAUAUUGCAUACUUAAAAGCGUUUUCAGCUGAUUCUCAAUACAAACUGUAGUUCUUCCUUCUAUUUUUAUUCUUGUUUAUUUACAUUUUGUAAGAGAAUGGCUGUAAGAGAAACUAGAACAAGUUUUUUGCAACAAAAGACAGUAUUAAAUAAAGUGUGUGGUAGUAUUUUCAAUAUUUGUUACAAGCAGAGCCGCUCCAAUGGGAAAGCGAACUAACCUUGCUACUUAGCAUUCCAAAGCCAGCUCAGAGCCAACGAGGAAGCUUGAAUUCUUUGAGAAAGAGCUUAGAAACUUCAUAGUUAUUCACAUUUAACAGUUUUACAAAUGAAUCCAGGGAAUUAAAUGGCAGUAUUCAAUGAUUAUUUGUCAGCACAACCUUUUAAAAUUUCCAUCUCCAUCUUGACUCUUCUGAGAAAUAAGCCUUCACAAUUUAUAUAUAGCUGCCACCAUCUAAAACCCAUUAAUCCAUGUCAUAUAUUUUUAGUCAUAUGAACUGACUGAUCGCAUUCUGUCAAAUAUUUGUUUUUUUUUAGAUAUAUUAGUGAUGCUGUAGCAACAGAUGGGUAAUUGGUUGUUAAUGGGCCCUGAAAUAAAAUUGUGCUUUGGGCCCCAUGCAACCAUUGGCUGGCUCUGGUUUUAAGGAGUAAAAAAUGUCUAUUCAGAAUCAUGCCUUCUGUUGUCUUUGCUAGAAUUAAACAAUGGUGCUGACAACAAUGAACACAGAGAAACACAUAGAUUUUAGGACUUCAAGCAAAUGUCCGUUUGUUUAUCAAUUUGUACAGAACUUGCAGAAAUUGUAGGAUAGUAUUAAAAAUUUAUUGACUUGAUUUCUUUUAUGUUGACAGUUUGUUAAAUGGUCAUAAAGGAUUUUAGAGGUUGAGGUUUGCUCCAAAUCCUGGGAUGUCUAUUGCUGCUUUUUUAUUCUAAACCAAUUUGACACACUCUUGCUUUCUUGUUAAUACAUGAAAUAGGCACCUUAGAUGGAUUUUUAAAGUAUGCUUGCUGUUUCAACAGUCAGAGCAAAUUGGAUUUUCUCAUUAAGGGUGCUAAUUUGGGCUUCGGACUUUUGUUGAAUGUGAAAAGAAAAAAAGAUGUUGCGGUCGUGUGUUUUUAUUAGCAGGUUUUCUAUUUGUGGGUUUGCGCCCCACAGCUUUACCCAAGCAAACUCUCUGAGAUCGAUGGAUUGUGUGAGACAUUUGGUGCAUGAUGCUGUUGUUCCACAGGAAGUGUGCAAAGCAAUUUUCAGCUUCCAAAAUAGAACUUGCAUAGGUUCUCACUUGGCCCGAGUGAGAAUUGAGCUGAUUUAGUGUGAGAAAAAGAAAAUGGAGUAAAAGUAAGCAAGGAUCAGUCAGCGUCAGUCACUUCCCAUGUUGUGGAAUAAUUCCGUCAAUAUUAGAAGUUAUCCCAUUGCAGUGCUGCAGGAAAUUAAAAAGAGGAAUUUGCAGUUAUUAACCUGUUUGAUCUUGUCUCUCCGUCCUUGUGCCUUGUGAUCCAACCUGCAGACUGGUUCUGCAGUAAUUGGCAUGGUAAAAGUAGGAUACAAUGAUAACAUUAGAACUCAAAAAAUUGUUUUUGGUGUUGUUUUAUGGGUUCUCUGCCAAUAUCUAAUCUGAGAGAUAAUUUUUAAGUCAGUCUCAGCCAUGCCAUUAAAAAUAUGUGGAUAUGAUGUUUUAUGCAGAUCAAUGAUCUUUUUAAUUCUUCAAGCAGAGAUCUGAGACAUGGUUGUUCUAAUGAAAUAUGCAGCAUCCUCCACAAUUAUUGGCAGCCCUGGUAAAGGGCUUUUUGUAGAAACCUGCAUAAUAUGAACUACCACAAUACUUAAUUUCCUUUUGGGAUUAAUAAAGUAUUUUUGAAUUGAAUUGAAAGUCAAAUAUAAAAUAAAAAAAAUGCUUCUGUAACAUUUUUUAAAAAGAUUGUUUUUGGAUUUUUUUACAUACAAUAAUUCAUAAAUGUGGUAUUUUUCUUUCCUUUUAAUCUAAAUUUACUACAUAUUAAACGCUGGAUGUUUUCAAAAAUUCUGCAGUGAGAUUACAUAACUGCAAAGAAUUUUUUACACAAAGGUACCAAAAAUUGUGUCGGAUGCUUUCCAUCGUGGUUGUUUCUUUAUAGACCAAGCAAUUAACAGGUAGCCAGUAAACAUGGAAACUUGGCUUCUGCAGUAUAACUUCAAAACCACUGACUGUGAGUAAUCAAAGCUUUGUACAAUGCACCGGCUGGCCUGUGCACUAGGUGAGUUUAACCACUUGUGGAAUGCAAUGAACUUGCAUGACGUCCUGAAUUUGUUGGUGUGAAAUUAGUGUUAAAUGCAAUUUGUGUCUAUGUGUUUCUGUAGUUAGCAUGGCAUUUUCCUCAAAUAAGAUUGUUCCUAAACCAGAUGACUGUAGCAUGACAUUUCCACGUAAGUUAUUAAUAUUUUAUUUAAAGGUUGCUCACUGAGAAGCUUAAUAAAAGACUGCAUUUAGUGUCUUUAGGGUCUUUCCUGCACUGAACCCUAUCAAGGUUCUUGUCUUUCUGAUUGACUUAAUUCUCAUCUCUUUGACAAGUUAAGGUAGCAUUAGAACAUUUAGCAUUUGCAUUGAAUGGUAAUAUGUGAGGAGCUUUACAGAAAUGAGCUGUUGAAAACUAAUUUAGAAGAUCUGUUGCUGCCAUUUGAUGCCACCGAUGUCCCUCGUUUGCCGUUACUGUUAAUAUAAUGACUUAAGAUUAAUCUUUUGAUUUUUAAAAUAGUUGAUGGUUGGGGUAUAAAAACUGAACAAGUAUACAUUAAGCAUUUAAUAAGUUUCUAAAAAGCUUGCAUGUAUUGAUAAAGGAAAUGUGUAAAGUAAAAGUUUCUUGGGGGAAACAAAUGUAGACAUAUGAGUUUCUAGAACCUUUGGUUUUGGGGCUUUAAUUACAAUUACUCAAUACCCUGAUAAAGAUCAGUUGUUUUUCUAUCAACAAAAGCACCUGAUGCCAACAAGCCAAAGUUACAUCUUCUUACAUUUUGAUAUUGGACGUAUUUCCAUCAUAUUGCUUUUUGUUCUCCCUUUUUGCCUCAUCCUUGGAGCAGUUCUUCCUACUUUGCAGGCCUAAUAUCAAUACUUUAUUGUGAGGCCUAGUGAUGGAGAGAACACCACAUCAUUAUUUUCUUGCUUUUGGUGUCUCCUCUCCUGUGCCUUUAGUGAAAUCUCACGUUAAGUUCUGUACAGGAUGACAGCAAUGCACCAAUAGUCACCUAGGCUAUUAUGAAUGUCAGUUAAGCCAAGAAAUAUACAAGCAUCAAUGCAAAAGUGAGUAGCUUUUGUUAAGAUUAAGCAUCUUACAUCAUAAGUGGAUUGGCUUUCUGCUCUGUUGUUAGGUAAUUUAAUGAUGCUUGUAACAUUAAGUGGUAACACAAAGAGCUUAACAAAUUUAGUGUGUAUUGUCAUCUAUGCUAAAGCUAGACCAUAGGUGACUUGAGUGCUGAAAUAAGUAGGAAACCAGCAGUUUCUUUUGCACUCUUCCAGGUGCCUGCACUUUCUCUUGUGUAGCCUAACACCACUUUUUGUAUUCUUUCUUUAUUCUGAUCUCGAUCAGCAUUAAGAUAUCAUGUUCUUUUUAUCACUCUCACUAAGGCAAAUUAUUGCUUCCACUGUUUGUCUGCAAUUUACUGCAAUCAUAAAUAACUUGGUGUCCUUUUAGUUGAAGAAGAGUAACUGUCAACAAAAGGCUGCAUUAAAGGCAAUGGCUUUGAAGAUAGUUAUUAUCCAAUGUGCAGCAAAGUGUUGUAAAUUUGGUAAAUCCCAGUUGGAAGUGACUUCUCACCUUUCACCUUUUUUAAUGCUCAUCAUGUAUUAGGUAAGUUAGUGUGUAAGUAGGAUUGUAUGAAGUCACUUAUAUGGACAGACUUGCUGUAAUUAACUCCCGGUCAAUACUGUAAUUGUAAGUGGAUCGUAUCUAUGGUAUGGUAUUGUUAUGCACUUUUGUUUCGAUGGACUCAUAUGGGUGUUAUUUACAUUUAGUGCUUAUGUUAUUAUGUUAUUAAAGCUAAAGAGAAAUGAGCACACCACACUCACAUAUUAUUAAGGGCUUUGAAAUAAAAAAAAAGAAUGUUUUUGCUGCUGUUGCAAAACAGGUUUUGAAACUAAAAUUUUGUAAUAUUUUUAAACCACUGUGAUUUGUACAAAAAAAAAAAAAAAAGAAAUAUAGAAAAAAAAUCUUUUUCUGCCAUUUCAGUAUUUUGAUGUUUGACUUGAAUUUUAUUAAAAUUGUUAAUCUUUUUAAA